UAUAAUAUAACGAAUAUUAGUGCAAUAUUCAUAUCUCGAAAACAAAAUAUCAUGUCGCAUCUAAUUGAUUUUCACUUAUUGAACGACAUGAAAAAUAUAAUCACGAAAGUUGAAAAUCUUCAUCUUAAUAAUAGAAAUAAUCAACAUUUCCAUGUAAUAAAUCAUAUUAAAAUACACACAUCAACUUAUUCUGGUAAUCAAUAUGGUUGCUAUCAAAUAAAACGUACUUCAAUUUGUCAAACUUUAAACAACAAUGAAAACUAUGAUCAAAAUUGUGAUCAAGAUUCUAGUCAAAAUAAUUAUUACAAUUGUAAUUACGAUCACGACAACCAUAAUCAAGAUCAGAAAUCAAAAAAUCUCAUUGAACGAGGACCGAUCAAGUCGCAAUUUUCUUCAUUAAAUCGCAAUAAACCAUAUUGCAAAAAUUUAGAACAUUCACAACAUUUGAAAACAAAUGAAAUUUUUCUCAGCGAUUAUGAUAAAAUCGAUAAAGAAGAUUGUAAAGAUACUUGGUUUAAUCUGCUACAAGAUUUUGAAACUAAUAAAAAUAGUAAUCAAAAUACAUCCCAAUUAUAUAAUUUAAAAAAGGAUUUUCCAACUCCUAUAGAAAAUGUUUCAAGCAAUGAUCUAGAAAUUUCAUUAUUGGAAAUGGUGAAGAAUGGGGCAUUUCAAGAAGGUCAACAUGUAACAGAGUCAUGUUUUGCUCAUUCACAGGAAAUGACGAUGAAAAAUUACGAUUCCUUAUUAAAUAAUGAUAAUAUAAUUUCUUCUGAUUCAAAAAAUGAAUUGAAUCAUACUCAUUUAUCGACCUUAGCAGUUCAUAUGCAUUCUCCUAAGUGGACACAACAAAAUUUGAAUUAUAAUUUAAUCGAUUCAUCUCAGAUGAUCGACACAACAUGCAUACCAAUGCAAAUUUCCUAUUCUUUGAAUUGCUCGCCGUCUUCUUUAAAUCAAUCUUAUAAUAACACAUCAAAUUCGAAUAAUUCGUAUCGAAUGAUAUCCGGUUCUCAAAUCGAGGAACAAUUCGAACAAGAUUUAACAAAUGAAAGCUUAUUAGAUAACAUUGACCAAUUAAUUGAAAAAGUACAAGAUGAUUUAAAUCUACCCAAAGUCGAUGAAACGUAUACACAAAAUUCCUCAAAGAAGAAUACAAUUACUUUUCAAAACAACAAUUUUAACAAAACAUAUAUUCAUUCGAAUUGUAAUAAAUAUAAUAAUUUUACGAUUAUGAAAACUUUAUCUUGGUCUAAUAUACCAUAUAUGAUACAAAAUAAUAUUUCCGAAAAAAAAAAAAUUCAAACGAUUAAUCCAAUCGAACCUGAUUACACUGUAAACAUACCUAUAUUUUUAAAUUGUUCAAAAGAUGACCAUAAUAAUAUUAUUAAAUAUUCGACGAAAACAAAAAAAGAAUGCAAUUUUUCUUCUUCAUACAAUGAUUCUUCAUUAAUCACAUCUGUCAUUCCAAAUUUGAAUUUGCAUGAUUUUGAAAGAGAAAAUCUAAUAACGAAUUUGAAAAACAAUUUUCAAAUAUCAAAAACAAUUUCAUUCAAAAAUCAAUAUUUUCAACAAUUAUAUGAUUCCAAAGAAGAUAAACAAUUUCGAUUAUCGAGACUAUUAAGAUUACCAUCUGUAAAGGCGAGUGAAAAAUUAAAAGAAAAAUUGAAUCCAGACGAUGUAGAGAAGGCUAUGAUUAAUUUGCUUAAAAAAUCAGCAAAAACACUCACUAAACAAGACGAAGAUGGAUAUACAAAAUUGAUGUGUUUGGUCAGCCAUCCAAACGAACUUCUUGAAAAUCUAGCCUAUCUGGUACCACUUGUAGAACGUUUGAGUAUAAUCGAUGGAGCUUUAACGAUCAUGAAUAAUCGCGGUGAGGAUGCGCUUUACUUAGCUGCAUUAAAUUGCCCACAAUUUUCUUUUGUUGUUGGAUAUUUAGCUGCAACAAUGUUAGAAAAAGGAAUUAAUAUCAAUCAGAAAUUGUAUGAUACUCAGGAUAAUACUCUGAUACAUUCAAUCACGGCGCGGGGGGAUUUUUACAAAGAAGUAUUAAAUGAGUUAUUGACUUUAAAAACAAUUGAAGGAAAUAUGCUAUUUGAUUUAUCAAAACGUAAUUGUGAUGGUAAAACAGCUCUUCACAUUGCGAUUGAAUCGCAUAAGCCAUUUACAAAAGGAAUCACAUCAUUAGAAACAGUGAAAUUGCUUUUAAAAUAUGGAGCAAAUCCCAAAAUUAAAGAAACGAAAUAUGGCAAUAAUGCUUUGCAUAUGGCGAUUUUUUCAGACUGUGAUCCUAUUCUUAUUAAGCUAUUAUUGGAUACUGAUGCUUCCGAUUUAAUAAAUGCAGUUAAUAAUAAUCAUGAUACAGCAUUACAUUUAGCUACAGCUAUGCGAUCUAAUAUUUUUUCAAAAAAACAAGAAAAAGUAUGUUGGUUGUUGUUUAAUGCUGGAAGUGAUCCUAAUUUGCCGAAUCAUCAAGGGAAAACACCGCUAGCAUUUGCUUGCUUAGAUGGAAAAGAAGCUAUAAGACGGAUUUUUUAUAAAACAUAAGAAUAAUUGAAAGAAUAAUAUUAUCAUUAUUAUAUAUCAUUAUUAUAUUUUUCGUUUAUUAUUAUUAUUAUAUUUUCGUUUAUUAUAAUCUGCAAUAAUAAGACUUCUUAUUUAAGUUUAA